GUUCCGCGAUGGUCGCGAGACGACGUGCGUAUAAUUGUGCGAUUGUGACUCCUGUCUAUGCUGCAUCCGUUGUUUGUACGAUUCCGAUUACCCAACGUCACGAUUAUUGUCGUCGUUAUCGCAGUGGUGCCCGAUCGACUUAAGUUCGAAACCGUAUUCGGAUCAUACCAAGCAUACCAGUCACCCUGCUAUAUAAAUAGGAUACUACCCGCAUUCCUUUGUUAUUAUCACCACUAUCUAUAAACGCCGUACAGCGUUAUUAAGCACUGUAUUUGUUUACUAUUUUCGCUAUCAUGUCUUACUCGGUUACCGGAAGCAGUGGUGGCGGUCCAGCUGCAGUCGCUGCGUUACAACCACAUAGCUGUUCGAUCCCGAAUACGCCCGAUGUGAUAAACUCGAUCAUGUCCUUGAUGGUGGACCCAUUCCAAAAUUUUUCCAGUACCGGGUCACACGCGUCAGAAGAUUCAUCCGGUUCUAUGUGUUCCCCUGUAUCAACGUGCUCUCCUGUGUCAACGUGCUCUCCCGUGUCAACGUGCUCUCCCGUAUCAACGUGUUUCCCCGUGUCGACGUGUUCCCCGGUAUCACCGACGUCCAAAACGCAGAAUUUCUGCACUAGUCUUAAGAUCAAGGAGGAACUCAAGAUGGCCAUCCAAUCCAAACAGAAGAACGCAGUGAUGGCGACAGUGACAUCGAUGUGCCCCGGCAGAAAUCCGGUGGAGACCAGCGAACCGAACAUUUCCGGUUCGUGUGGAAUGAUCAUUGCGGCGACAGCAUCGGCUGGUUUGGCAGCAUCGUCACCGGGCGGUGGACAUGCGAGAAAGAGGCGGAUCGAUGAGGUGUCACAUGGCGACGACGACGGAGAUGAUGUAUCAUCGCAUGGCGAAGGACUCACGGCCGAAGAUGAAGAACGGAGGAAGCGGCGGCGGGAACGCAACAAAUUUGCGGCGACCAAGUGUCGGUUGAAAAAACGCGAAAAGACUACGAAUCUGAUGCAAGAAUCGAACGUGUUGGAGACGAAAAACUACGACCUCAAAUCACAGAUCCAAGAGCUGGAGACGCAGCGAAACGAACUGAUGAAGAUGCUCUCGGCGCACCCUUGUGCGAAAAGGCUCUCCCACCAACAUCAACAGCAACAACACCACCAGCAUCAAUCACAACACCAGCAACAGCUACAAGAGCAGUAUACGGUGGAAUCAUAUGCAAACGGCCCUUAUCGUCAUCACGGCCGCGUAGCCGUUGACCCACCGGUACUUAAAGACACCAUGUUCAACGGCGGCAGUAGUUACGUCUCGGUUCCAUCGGUGGCCAACCAACCUGCUGACGUGUAUCACCGGCCGACCACUACGACGGCCGCGUCCAUGGCCACUGGCCACUAUCCGAUUGUUGGCGUCGGGGGUGUUGGUAACGUUUACACGUCUUGCGUGGACGAAUUGUUCGAUUACAACAAAGAAUUGAUUUCCGGCGGAGGUGGAGGACCUCCCGACUUAAGUCAUCAGUACUACGACCACGGUAUAUGUUGAUAUUAUAUGUGUAUACCUACCGUUGAUUUUUUUUUCACGCCCACCAACCAAAGUCCGAUUUUUAAACAUCGAAAUAUUAUUAUGUUAGUUUUUUACGGUUGAUUUAAUAAAAUAAAAAAAACAUGUAUACAUUACACGCGUAUGCAAUGAAACAAAGUCUUCGAUAUUAUGUGAUAGUGUUAUAAUACUUUAACGCUGCCACCACCUUCCCGAGCGUGUGAUAGAUUCGGACGAAACAUUUUUACACCGAUAAUAUAUAUUACUUUAUUAUUAUUUUACUGUUAUUAAUAUUCUUAUUUUAUUUUUAUUAUUAUUGAUUACGUGUAAUAGUUACCUAGAUAAAAUAUAUAUGUGAUUACAUGGAAUUAUAAAGUGCUAACAUACGUAUAUUAUAUUAUAUGUGCGUAGGAGUAAAUAUACUAUAUUUUU